UCGAAGAAGGUAAUUAUGUACUUUUAGUUUAAUGUGUAUUGUCUGUGUAACUGUACAGUAAUGAUGCGGCCUAACCUGGCAUUUGGAGUUGUAGCGGCAGCUAGGGGACUCUUCCCACGCUCUGCAAAUAUCUGUCUUGAACACGCUCUUGGACGCCGAGGACGAAGAGUGUAUAUGCUGAUCCACAUCAGGUUUCUCAGCCCGCUUAGUGUGGCCCCUCUUGUCACUUUGACUGAACUAGGACUCUUUAUGUUAGGAUUUCCCAAAUUGGCAGAUUGUGUUGAAAUUGGUCUCCCUGCAUUACUUAUCAUUAUCAUCUUGUCCCAGUACAUUCCGCAAAGGAUGAAAUCAAGAGGAGCUGAUAGAUUUGCAGUUAUGGUCUCAAUUGGAAUUGUAUGGGCAUUUGCUGAAAUUUUGACUGCAGCUGGUGCCUACAAUAAAAGAUCGCCUAGAACCCAAUUAAGUUGUCGUACUGAUCGAUCUGGGUUAAUUAGUGCUGCUCCUUGGAUAAGAGUUCCAUAUCCAUUUCAAUGGGAACGCCCUUCUUUCAAUGCUGGUGAUGCUUUUGCUGUGAUUGCUGCUUCUCUUGUUGCAAUUGUAGAGACAGUCAAAUGGGACAUUCAUUGCAGCAUCAAGAUUUGGCAGUGCAACCCCUGUUCCACCUUCUGUGCUCAGUCGUGGUGUUGGCUGGCUGGGCAUUGGCACUCUUUUGGACGCCGAGGACGAACUGCGACUGAAGGAGGAUGAAGACCUUCCACUCUUUCCCCCGGACAUUGGUCUCACUAGAAUGUCAUCCAUCACGAGAACGUCGUCGUCCCCAGUCCCCGUCGUUCGGUACAAUGGUGGCGACAUGAAUGACGCGACCUCCAUGUUCUCGAUCGACGAAAGCGGUGACAGCGACAACCUACCUCGAGAGUCGAAGCUGCUGCUCCAUCCCGAACUAUUGCCACAGUACGGAAGACCUUUCGUGGACCACGCGCUGAACGAGGGAGGACUGAAUGCCUCGCUGGCGGAAGCGACCUUCCCGGACAAUGGCGAUCCGGCGAACAGGUAGCGCAAGAGCGACGAACCGGCGUCGGUGUUUUCGGCGUACGGUUGAAACUGGUAGAAAAGAAAAUUUUCUAGCAAAAUCAUUACAGAAAGAUAAUUAAAAAUGUUGAAACUGAUGGAAGAAAAGAAACGGAGAGAUAUAACACGCACAAAUGGCGAUUUAGCACAGUUCCGACGUCGGUUGCAUAAGAGCAUAGGAAGAAAAUUAAAAUUAAAACCCUAAAGUUUAAAAAACCCCAAAUCAGUUUCUUCCAAACACAUGUAAGUGAAAAAGAAAUCACACGUGACUAAAACUAAAGUUUACAAAACUUUGAGGAGUAAAUUGUAUAUUAUUUUGAAAGAGAGACUAAAACCAAAAA